AUGACUGCACCAGUACUCACAUUGCUGGAGCCUCAUAAGCCUUUUGUAGUGUAUAGCGAUGCGUCUAAAGCAGGACUAGGAUUGGUUUUUGCUCUUAAGAUUUGGAGACACUACUUGUAUGCCAAAAAGUGUGAAGUUUUCACAUAUCACAAAAGCCUCAAGUAUAUGUUUAAGCAUAAGAACCUUAAUAUGAGACAGAGAAGAUGGUUGGAAUUAAUCAGUGACUAUCAGUGCGACAUCAAGUACCACCCUAGAAAGGCCAAUGUGGUAGUUGUUGCUUUGAGUCGCAAGAGCAUAUCGGAGGAUUUGUAUAUCCUGUCGUUAGAAGUAAAUUCCCUCUUAUGCAGUAUGAGGAAACUGUUGAUUGAGAAUCGUAGUCAACAAGUCAUUUUGACUGCCGUUCAGGAAUUCAUUCCAUUGGAUUGGGAAGAACUGAAAGACCGUCAGAAGAAAGAUAGUAAGCUUGCAGAAGUCAUCGGGAAAAUUGAGAAGUCAGAAGGACUGAUGGACUUUAGCAUCAGAGAGGAUGGGACUUUGUAUUACAAGAAUCGAAGGGUCAUCCCAUACGAAGAUGUACCAGGAUCUGAAGCAGCAUUUCUGGUGGGAAGGAAUGAAGAAGGACUAGCAGAAUUUGUGAACAAGUGUUCUGUAUGCAGAUUAGUUAAAGAGGAACACCAGAAGCCAGCAGAUUCUCUAGAGAGACGGAUGAAAAUUUAUAUAGCAGAGAUUGUUAGAUUGGAUGGAGUGCCUAAGACGAUUGUGUCCGAUAGAGACCCUCGUUUCAUGUCACGAUUCUGGCAAAGUUUGUAG